AUGACUUGGGAAGGUUUUGUGGAACUCUUCCGGGACAUGUACCUUCCCGCUUCCGAGAAGGAGAAAUUGGGGAUUGACUUCAUUUCUCUAGUUCAGGGUACUAUAAGUGUCUGGGACUAUGAGCCUCAGUUCUCACAAUUGUAUCGGUUUGUUAGGCCAAUAGAUUCAGUGUCUUUGGCUUGGAAGUUCCAACAGAGACUAAAGCUGAUGAUCAGAGAUAGGGUGACUCCUUUUGAGUGGCCUACUUUGGCACUUAUUUUCGCUAGUGCCUUGGCGUUUGAGCAGGGACUUCUGACUUCUCAAAGGGAGAUGACAACUAUGGGGGAUUCCCGAGAAAAGGGAAGGGCAGUUAUGGAGAGCAGUAGUACUUCAGAUACUCAGGGAGGGUCCUGGACAAGACAGAGGACGCACCAACAGGCUCCAGUCGGAGUUACAGCUGAACUUGUUGGGGCUAUACUUAUUAGGCAGGGUAUGCCAUUGACAUGUUACAACUGCGGAGUUGUGGGCCAUCUAGCCAGGGCGUGCAAGAAACUGAAGAGUAGAGUAUGCUUUAGAUGCCGCCAGACAGGGCAUUUAGCUAGAAAGUGUAACCGACCUCGAGAUGGUGGACAGAGGACCCAGUAG